AUGACGCGCACCAGCCGGCUAUAUGCCCAAGAAGAUCUUGAUGGUCGUCGCGACGAGCAGGAGCGAAGACUGGGAAUUGAAAGGCACGAGAUCGCUCUCGAGCCUCACUGGUUCCGAGUCCAAACAGAAAGGAUCAAACGGUGUAAUUCGCAGGCGAAGAAAGACUACUAA